AUGGACUGCGUUGUAUUUACGGCUUUGAAUACAUUGGUCAUACUUGCAGCACUUAUUAUUUAUGCCGGAUGUCGGCGGUCUUAUUCCAUAUAUUUCUUCGAGCGUGAUGUCGAAAAAGUCGUAUUCUUAGAAGAUGCAGGCGCCGUUAUGGUCCCAAUAGUACUGUCAGCUUUUUUGAUUAUCUUAUAUCGUAAUUCAAAACUGUCUGGUGAUAAUGGUAUGGAAAAGGGAACAGCCCAACGACAACUAUCUCAA